GGCGGCGGCGACUCGUUAAGAAGAGAGUGGCGGCGGAGCAGCAAAAGGGAAAAAGCAAAAGCGAGCAGAGCAGCCCCGUGGGUGCUGGGCGACGCUGUUGGAAGUGGCUUGGAAGGUGACUUACAAUGAAGAGCCAAGAUGGGGAAAGCAAAGCUGUCCUUCUACCUGCCAGCCCUUCCAAAAUGAGUAGUGUGCUGGGGUUGGAAGACUUAGCUGAGGCUCCCAUAGUGACUACAGAAAGCUGUGAAUGUCCACACCAGCCUGAGAUGUGCAGCUUGAACUCUUUGGUUGACGGAAAUGUUGAAAACCCAAUGAGUGAGGAGCAGAGUAAGAAAGAGGCACUUUUGGUGAAUGAGGCUGUAUCCCAACCCCACCAACCGGUUAGCUGUGAUGUCUCUGAAGAGCUAAGCAGACAACUAGAGGACAUUCUGAACACAUAUUGCCUGGAUACAAACCAGGAAGGACCAGGAGAUGACAAUGGGCAGAGUGAACCUGUAGAGAUGGAUGAGGCAGAAAAGUGCCGGAGUGAGUCCCCAAGGAAUGGCGAGCAGGAGCAGAGUUGCCCUGAGAUGAAUGGAGAGAAAGAGGGACCCAGAGGAACCAGUGAUGAAGGCGGCGAGCGGGAUCAGAAACGAGCCCAAGAAAAAAAGAAAGCUAAGGGGCUUGGCAAGGAGAUCACGUUGUUAAUGCAGACCCUCAACACUCUCAGCACAUCUGAGGAGAAACUGACAGCCCUCUGCAAGAAGUAUGCUGAACUGCUGGAGGAGCACAGAAACUCUCAGAAGCAAAUGAAAAUUCUUCAGAAGAAGCAGACCCAGUUGGUGCAGGAGAAGGAUCAUUUACGGAGCGAGCACAGCAAGGCCAUCUUGGCCCGCAGCAAGCUGGAGAGCCUGUGCCGGGAGCUCCAGAGGCACAACCGCACCCUCAAGGCAAAAGGUGUCCAAAGAGCCCGGGAGGAAGAAGAGAAGCGUAAGGAGGUGACAUCCCACUUCCAGGUGACCCUCAACGAUAUCCAGCUGCAGAUGGAGCAGCACAACGAGCGCAACUCCAAGCUACGCCAGGAGAAUAUGGAGCUAGCCGAGAGACUGAAGAAACUCAUUGAGCAGUAUGAGUUGCGAGAGGAGCACAUUGACAAGGUCUUUAAACACAAGGACCUGCAGCAGCAGCUGGUGGAUGCCAAGCUCCAGCAGGCCCAGGAGAUGCUGAAGGAGGCUGAGGACAGGCAUCAGCGGGAGAAAGACUUUCUAUUGAAGGAAGCCGUGGAGUCCCAGAGGAUGUGCGAGUUGAUGAAGCAACAGGAAACGCAUCUCAAGGAGCAGCUGGCCCUCUACACAGCAAAGUUUGAGGAAUUUCAGAACACACUAUCCAAAAGCAGUGAAGUCUUCACAACCUUCAAACAAGAAAUGGAGAAGAUGACAAAGAAGAUUAAGAAGCUGGAGAAAGAGACCACAAUGUACAGAUCCCGCUGGGAAAGCAGCAACAAGGCCCUUUUGGAAAUGGCAGAAGAGAAAACUCUCCGGGACAAAGAACUGGAAGGGCUCCAAGUGAAAAUCCAGCGCCUGGAGAAGCUCUGCCGGGCCCUGCAGACAGAGCGCAAUGACCUGAACAAGAAGGUGCAAGACCUGUGUGCCCUUGUGCCUCCCGCUGCCAGCACGGACCUCCAGGGACCACCAAAGGACCCAUCCCAAGGCAGCUCAGAGGAGCUGGCACCUCAGGGCACCACCGUGGAGGAGUGCCUUGCCCUGGCACAGGCGGUGUGCUGCACGGGACCAGCCGAGAGGUUUGGGGAGCCAAGCAUAGGAGGAGCCCCUGCUCGGGAAAAGAUGGAUGAAGCUGCUGUCUCUCUUGAGUAAAGAUGGAGGAAGGGGGAGAGGCGGGCAUACCUCUCCAGAGACUGGGCCCCAGGCCUGGGGUGACAAAGCUCAGUCCCCCACCCCCCAGGCACCUAAGGGGUUCCAGUUUAAGUCUGAAGGCGUUUUUCUUUUCUUUUUCGCUUUAUAAAAAUUAUCUCACUAUAUAUUACACGAUAUGAUGUGCAGGGCAACUCCCACUUUUUAUAUAUAGGCCUAGGAACUAGAUUGAACCACAUCCUUGUGUGUUGUGUGAACAUCUCUAAGUGUGUGGCAGUUUCACCAAAAUACCUUCUGAAGUAUGGGCGUGGGGGAAUCUUGCCAACCAUAACCCUAUUCCCCUCCCCCAAAUUCAGUUCGGCUGCUACAUCUCACUGUGGGUGCUAUGCCAUGAAUGCAAAUUUAGGAGGUUGGCAUCAGGAGGCCCCUUGGAGGAUUUGUUUAUUUUUCUCAUAUAUUGACCAGACCCAGCGGCUUAAAACCAGAACAGGAGACUCAGGAGUUUGCUAUCUAGUAGGUUAUUUUUAGCAUGUAGAUUCCCCCAGGAAAGCGGAGAAUAAAGUAGAUGUGACUUUGCUUCACGGGGACAAGAGACUGAGAGCCCUGUUGGUUUGAGGAGAGGGUUGGUGGGGAGCAUCCUCUCUGGGACUUUGCUACUUCCAGAAUCUAUGUUUCAACAGCCUUACGACUUCACCGUUGCCUCUAUGCUUAUACACGCACAAGUGUAUGUAUUAAAGAUUUAAUCCAAAGGUUUUCCUUCCUUAAGUGUUUUGCACAUGAUGAGCACCCGUGCACAUGGUUGCGUGUGGGGAAUGCUCUGGGGGUGGGGUGGGCAGGGGGAGUGAAUCCCCCACAUGUGUUAUAUACUCCUCUUUGGGAUACUUUGGUACUAAACGUCCUUCACAGUCCCAGAGGCUCAGGGAGACAAACCCUAACCUCCCAGGCAGCAAAGCCCAGUAACUAGAAACAAAUUUAACACACAUCAGGAGCUGCCUGGAGAUUGUCCUCUGUGACCGGACUCCUAUUUCCUUAUCUUAACAGCACUUUUCCUUGGGCCACCUUGUCUACACAGCUCCAUGUCAGUAAAAAAUAGGUUUCCUAUUUAGUCCUCAGUGCUGCCAUGGCUAGUUUAAACGCAUAGAGGCUUUUUCUGUUUGUGAUUUCAAUUUCUGCUGCUUCUUGGGCUUAAAACCCAACUACAGACUUCUUUGCGUUUUAGUAGCUGCUGCCUUUGGUUUUAAAACUCUGCAUUCCUCCUCACUGGGACCAUUAUUAGCCUUUAUUGUAAUUCCUGUCUUGCUGAGCUGCCUAUUCCUCAGUUAGUUAUGUUUUCAGCUGUUGAGUGUUGGUGUUUGGGAACAGCUGUGGGCAGGCACCAUUCAGGCCCAGCCCUAUAGACUUCAAACACUCUUGUGUUAAAGGAAGCUGGGCUUUAGGAAACAGUAUUAGCAAUGCAUUUUGUACGAUCUGACUUCUCACCCAGGUUGGCAGAUUUCUUGCAGAGCUGUUUUGCUUCCUUGUUUCUCUUACUGGAGGUAGUGAUUUCAUCAAAGCUUUGGGUGACAUCCAGCAUUGCACCAGCAGAUAUGGCAGGACUUCACCUUUGUCACAGCCCCUCUCCCCACGUAUGCCCAAUCUGCUCUGGAGGGUCCCUCAACCCUUGAGCAAUUUCAAGGGUGCAUGGGGGGCUGGGGUGGGGAGAGGAAGUCCAUGCUAUGAAUGGGCCGCCUCCCAUUCUUUUCCUUGUACUUUGCAGGGCUUGGCCAAAAGCUGAUGAAUGUAAAUGGGAGAUAGAACUUUACUCUUUGAGAGGGACAGAACUGAACACUGAGAUGUUUCAAGAAAACCUUCCAAUUUUUUUUAAUGCAGUGGUACAGGCAAUAUCUAGAUCUGUUAUAUAUAUAUCUUUGUAUCCAAUACAAAUGAACAUAAACUUGA